CGCAGAGUGAAGCCAACGGGCAAGGGGGCGCUCCGCCCGUCCCCUCGCUGUCUGCAUCGCUUUUCAGAGAAAAGUAUGAAUCACCCCUAGCGAGCCCUCCCUACUCCCGGGCCGUGCCUGGAAAACGCGCGCAGACUUUGAGCCAGGCGGAGGCGGGGAAAAGAAGACGCUGGGAUCGUAUAUAAAGGGACAGCCAUGGCGCAAAGGGAGAAGAAGCCCAACAUCUUUGUGUUUGUUUCGACAACUCAGACGCGAUGAUGGAUCGGGCUUGUGGAAACUCGCGGCUCCUUUUGCUGGCAGGCUCGGUUUUGUGGCUUCUGACACAAGUCUGGUCCCAAACGACGGCGGGAGACAACAAAGCGAUCUGUCUGCAGCCACCACUUAAAGGAUCCUGCCGGGCUAUACUGACCAGGUGGUACUAUGAUAGACUCUCACAAUCCUGCAGGGAGUUUUCUUAUGGGGGCUGCGAGGGGAACGACAACAACUUCUUGAGUUUUGGAGAAUGCUCAAAAACUUGCAGUAAAAUCAAGAAAGUGCCUAAAAUCUGCCGACUUGAAUCUGACCCAGGAAUCUGUCGAGGUUUAAUUCCAAAAUAUUUCUUCAACAUCCAGACGAUGAAAUGUGAGAAAUUUUUCUACGGAGGAUGUUUAGGAAACCCAAACCGAUAUGAUGAUAAGAACUCCUGCAUGGAUGUCUGCCUGCCGACGAGAAGUGCCCCCUUCUUUUGCUAUCGCCCCAAAGAUGAAGGAACAUGUUCUGCUUCAGUACCUCGCUUUUACUACAACGCAAAGACAAAGACGUGUCAAGAAUUCAACUAUACUGGAUGCGGUGGAAAUAACAACAACUUUCUUAAUCAGCGUGCCUGCCUCAAGGCCUGCAAGAAUGCACAGGGAAGGAAACCAGGUUUACUGAGACCAAAACAAGUCAUCUCAUGAGGAGGAGAAGUCUAUGGCCAAAUACUCAAAUGAGCGCUGCAUAUGAUCUUAAAUAUGAAGAGGUCUCUAGAUCAGAAGCACUAUUUUAACUUACUUAAUUUAUAGAUUUUUUUGCUUUGGCUUUUGUUUGGUUAAGAUAACAAUCUUACUUGUAUGAUCUAUUUUUUUAAAAUGUAUCAAGUCAAAAGUUACUGUGAUCUAGCAAGGGCUGUCUAUAUAGAGAUCACCUUUAUGGAUUAGGCCUCAUCUGCACACUAGGGUGGUCUGUUGAGGGAAUUACCCCAUCAGUUACACCCGGGCUGCUGGCCCUCAUUCAAGGUUGUUCUUGAUGUGCAGGAGUAGGCUCAAUACUCAAUGCUGAACAAGCAUCUUUCUCUAUCCCCUGCUGAAUGUGAUUGGCACUAUUUUCUGAGAACUAUCAUUAUACGGAUCACUAAAUCUAGAUUAUCCUGCCCGUUCUUGCCCUCACAUUUAUAGGGAGACCACAGCACAGUAGUUUGCAUGCUUUGCAUGCAGAAUAUCCUCGAUUCAGCCGAUGGAAUAUCCAGUUAAAGGAUCCGGCAGUAGCAGUCAGCAGAGUGAUGGCGCUAGCAUAACCUCCCAUCACCAGCAUCACUGCAGUUUACUGGGAGGAGUGAGGUUACCACUGGUAGAGCCAAAAUGCACCAACCUUCCUGCUGGCUCCUAGUAAGCUGCUGCAAUGCCAGUGACAAGAGGUUAGGUAAGUGCCACUAUCCCACCAACUGCUUCUGGGAUCAGGUAGCAAGUGACUGGAAAGGCCUCGGCCGAAGACCUUGGAAAGCCUCUGCCAAUCAGAGUAUACAAUAUUGAGCUAGAUGGAUAAAUAUUCUGACCUGGUAUAAGGCAGAUUCCCUCGUGCCCAUGUAAUGGACAGAUAUUCUGACCUGUUGUAAGGCAGAUCACUAUGUUCCAAUGUGAGUAAGUUUGCCAGAGAAGAUAUCACUGAUCAUAGGUUUAAUGACAGAACUGGGAGACAUGUAGCAGGACAUUGGCAGCUGAGGGUCUCUAGCUCUUACUUAUAUAGAGCAGGUGCAGGGAACCUUUGGCCUCCAGAUGUUGGUAACUACAACUCGCAUCCGCCCUCACCAUUGGCCUUGCUGGCUGAGGCUGAUGGGAGUUGCAGGUUAGCAAUAUCAGAUGGGCCAAAGGUUCCCCACACUUGAUAAAGGGUUUUCUCCCAAGUUUUGUAAAAUGUUCAUAUAAAUAUAAAUAGAUUUGUUUUAAACUUUUUCUUUUGUAUGGCAUAUGGAAAUUGUUCUGCUGUUUUGGGAGAAGGGCUUAAAGAAGAUUGUUGUCAGAUGCCUCUGGCAUUGUUUCCUUAACUGGGGAUUUGCCAGACUUUUGUCGCUUGAAGAACUUAAAAAUAAAUUAGUAUUGCUGCUAUCAGUUUUUUUUGCUGUGAACCUUUUUCAAGAUGAUUGUUGAAGGACAAGCUUGUGAGAAACUUCCAAGUGAAUUGAAAGUGAAUGUAAUUUUUUUUUUUAAAAAAUUAAGCCCCAGUUUGACAUGAUGGAUACAAACCCCUUAUUAAGGGGUUAAGAGGUAUCAGCUGGUCAUGAUUUUAUUGUUCUUGGUAAUACAGAUAAUCAUAAAGUGGCUAAUUAAAAGUUGGCACCGGGAAGAAACUAGGAACAUACUGGACAGUGGGGUUUGUUUUUGAAAAGCUGAAUGAUAAGUUACUUAGGGUAUAUUGACUGAUAGUUGUAUCCUCUAAUAUCAACUGCUCUAGUUCUAAAGCUACAGGAUUAAUAUUCAUCCUGAAUUUAUUCCUGCUGGACAGUUACAAUGGAGAACACCAGGCAGAAAUUGUGGUUAAGUCCCUCUCCUUUGAAGUCAUCGUGAGCUCUUACACAGAAUGCAUUUAGUCAUGCCUUUAUUAAUGUGCAUUCUGCAUGUUUUCUGCUCUGAAGCAGAGGAGCAGUCUUUCACUUCAUGCUGUCCAUUUCUCCAGAAUUCCAUCUGCUAAGUAACUUUACACCUGUGCCAGGUAUUACCCAUGUGGGAAUUGGUGAAAUCGCAUCCAGUGCCUGCAAGGGAAGAGGACCAUCACCGCCCAGGGAGGGAGAGCCAUCUGCCUGCUUUGCUGCUGCUGCUUGGCCAACAUCUCUGCUCUCUCCUUCUUGGGCUCCUGCUCUGCACAUGGGCACCUUGCAGGACCAGGCCCCGGGUACUCAGCCAGCUGUGCCUGAUACUGUUCCACCUGUCCCUUCUUUGGAGGGGAUAUAUAAGCCGGCUGGCUGAGGGGGCUUGGGAGAUCCAGUGCCUGCAAGGGAGGAGGACCAUCACCGCCCAGGGAGGGAGAGCCUUCUGCCUGCUUUGCUGCUUGGCCAACAUCUCUGCUCUCUCCUUCUUGGGCUCCUGCUCUGCACGUGGGCACCUUGCAGGACCAGGCCCCAGGUACUCAGCCAGCUGUGCCU